AUGAAUAUCAGCGUACGCUUAGAUCAUAACAACUGUUGCAAUGAACGCAGCUCUGUCUCAGACCUAUCAGAUCCACAGGUUCCCGCAAGUUUCGGGGGUGUUGCUGCUUUGCAUCGUGCUUUAAAAGGUCGCGUAAAAACAAAAGACAUCCAGAAAUGGUUGCAAACCAAAGAUUCUUAUACUUUGCACAAGCCUUUGAGGCACAAGUUUCCCAGGAACAGAGUCAUCGUAGGAGGCUUAAACGAGCAAUUUCAAUCUGAUUUAGUGGAUAUGCAAUCCCUGGCGUCUUUUAAUGAUGGAUAUAAAUAUUUGCUGACCUGUAUAGACAUCCUUUCAAAAUACGCUUGGGCUAUCCCUCUCAAAGAUAAAACAUCUGUGUCCAUCCAAUCUGCUUUCGAAAAGAUAUUUUCGGAACGUACACCUGAAUCAUUACAAACAGAUGCAGGGAAAGAGUUUACCAAUAAACACGUUCAAAAUUUUUUGAAAAAGAGAAACGUUCACUUUUUCACGACACAUAAUGCAACCAAAGCUUCUGUCGUAGAACGAUUUAAUCGAACUCUGAAAACGAAAAUGUGGAAAUACUUUACCGAAAUGAAUACACGAAGGUAUAUUGAUGUGAUUGAUAAAUUGAUAUCCAGUUAUAACCAUACAUGGCAUCGUAGUAUUAAGACAGAACCUGUAUCGGUUACAUUACAAAAUCAAGAAAGAAUUUGGAAAACGUUGUACGGUCAGCAACCUAGUACAAAACCCUGUUUCUUCAGAUUUAAAGAUUGGAGAUACGGUACGCAUCAGCCGAGAAAAAAAUGGCUCUUUGAGAAAGGAUACGAACAAAACUGGACAAGAGAAAUUUUUACAAUCUAUAAAAUUAUUCGACGGAUUCCAGUUGUCUACAAACUGAAAGAUCUAGCAGGAGAAGUUAUACAAGGAACUUUUUACAAACAAGAACUUCAAAAGGUUUCGGACUCUGGUUAUUAUCCCGUUGAAAAAGUUUUAAAAAAGAGGAAACGUCGCGGGAAAGUGGAAUAUUUUGUGAAAUUUCAGGGGUACCCCGAAAGCUUCAAUGCUUGGGUGGAUGAUGUGAGAAGGGUAUAA